AUGGGUUGGAGAGAAGAAUUACAAUCGAUUGUAAAAGAUAGUAAACUAUCGGUACACAGAUUGAAAUCAUUGUCUACAUCACUGGUUGAUCAUUGUAAACAAAAUGAAAAGGUAACCUAUUUUAUAGAUUACUAUAUCAAAUCGAUAGAGUCAACGAUUAGGUAUUGUCAAAAUGAACAUAUAUUAAAUGCAUUGUAUGCUGUUGAUUUGUUUAUGAAGGAUUUAUCUCAUAGUAAGAAUGGGUAUGUACAAUAUAUCUAUCUAUCUACUCUUAAAGUCUUGUCAGAACUAAUAUUAAUCUUUUUACUUUUUGGUUAUAGUGAUACUAUUGACAAGUUUAAAGACAAGGUAACAGAGUUUUUGGAACUACACGAGAAAAAGAUAAUGACUAUGAUUCCAGAGGAACAAUGUCCAAAAUUCAUUAAAUUAUUAGAGAUAUGGUCAAAUAAAGAAUAUUAUGAUCAAACAUUAAUAAGACAAUGGUUAAAUAGAAUGAAAAGAGAAAUGGCAAUGGCAAUGAUGGAUGAUGACAAACAAUCAACAUCGAGUAUUAUAACAACUACCUCGACAUCAUCAACAUCAUCAAAUGAUAAACUAUUAUCAAAAAGAAAACAUGAUUUGUUAGACGAUGCAAUGGGAAUAUUAAUGGAUAUAGAUAGUGAUUUUGUAAAUAAUAUUGGUAAUGGAUAUACUACUACAAAAAGAAAUAGUAGUAGUGAUGAAGAUGAUGGUAUGCAUAUAGAUAAAAAGAAAAAGAUGUUUUCUUUUAAUAUUGCUAUGCUUCCAAAGGUAUCAUUACUCGAUCUACCAAAUGAAUUAUUAUUUAAUAUUAUAUCAAAUCUUGGUAUUCCAGAUUUAAUUCGAACUUCAUAUGUUUCAAGAUUUUUAAAUAGGUUUAUUGUUUAUUGUCCAUUUUGGAAAGAUAUGUCAUUUGAAUUUGUAAAUAAUUUUUCAGAGUUUCAAGUUGGUAGGAUUCUAACAUCACACGGAUCACAAGUAACAACAUUGAAUUUUAAUUUUAGUUGGGUUGUGAAUCGAGAUGUCAUUCGAAAACUUGCAGCCCAUUGUACAACUUUGACAUCAUUGUCAUUGGAAAAGUGUUCGUUGGAAGAGAGGGAUAUAAAGUUGGCACUGUCUGCACCGAGUCUCAAACAUCUAAAUAUAGCUCAAAACAAUAAUCUUGGUCCCAACCUAAUGGUAGACAUCCUCAGUCGUAAUUUAGAGCGUGUCUCUGUGGCAUGUUCACACCAACUUAUAUACGGACUACUCGGAUUGAGUAUCUACAAAAAGAUCAAACCAUCUUUAAAACAUCUAAACAUUGACUGUUAUUGCAAGAAUAUCAUACAUCAAGAAAACUACCAAACAGCCAUCCAAGACUUGGUAGAAACAAAUUGUAAUACAUUGGAAAAGUUGAUAGUACACCAAUAUUUAAAUAAUGUCCAAAUCCCUCCCAAUUCAAUACUUCGAGUUAAAGCUUUAAAUCUUUGGACCAUUGUAAAAACAAAUGAUAUAGUUUCUCUUAGAGAUAAAUUAAAAUCAAUAUCAUUAAAAUCAUUAAACAAAAGAUAUUUAAAUGGUAAUACAGCAUUGUUUAAAGCAUCAGAAGAUUCUAAAAUCUAUAUAGUUAGUUUAUUAUUAGAGGCUGGUGCAAAUAGUGAAAUUAAUAAUUUCUAUGGAUUAUCACCAAUACUUGCAUCACCAAAUGUUCAAACAGCUAAAAUAUGGAUUAGACAUGGUAUUCAACCUCCAUCUCAAUAUGAAAAGGAUUUCCUUUUGGCUGUACCAAUACUAGAGAAAUAUUUUCAAUUUUUGAGACCAAGUAAGGAUAAUCUUCAUCCAACUAUUGUCCAACCAGCUGCCAACGAAGAGUUUAAUACACUAUUAAAGGUAUUGGCAGGAAUUCGAGAAGGUCAAUCAAGUGAAAUUUUACAACAAAUUAAAAUACUUGUAUCUUCAUUCCUUAAAUCACCUUUAUUCUUUAAAAAUUUUUUACAAACACAUCGAAAUAGUAGAAGUAUUGUUGCAUGUACCAUUGGUGACGAUGAUUUCUUUCAUUCUGCAAUCAUGCCCCAUUUAAAAGUAUUCCAACAAAAAAGAGUAUUAUUGGAUAUUUUAGAAACUCUCUAG